GAACAUUGGAACAAUAUGAUAGUUUAGAAAUCGGGCAAGAAAUAUGUUAUAGUCAUUAUUUAGACAUUGUUGAGCCCGAUCGUAAUUUUAAAAAAAAAUACCCAGUUGAAAUAGAAAAAACAAACACUCAAAAACCUGAAGCAAGCAUUGAUAAUAAACUGGUCGCACAUUGUAAUAUUCAGAAUCCCGAAGCCAACAUUAAUAAUAAAACAAUUGUAGAUUGUAAUACACAAAAAUUUUUAUCAAAUAAAAGUCUUUCAUUUGCAGACCAGGUUCAAAUACUUACAAAGGUUCUUUAUAAAUAUCAAUGCGAUAAACCUGGUUUUAUUAAACUCAGUCCCGUGUGUUUUCAACUAAUGAUAGAGAAUGCUGAUUCUCAUAUGCAGAAUAAUGAAAAAUUAUGGGAUGCCUUUAUUAAAACAAGACGAUAUCCUUAUACACUAUCUGAAUUAAACUUUUUAACAGAAAAAACUUUUCUUCUUAAUCAUUUACAAAAAAUUUUCAAAAAUCGUAGAAAAAGCAAAAUCUACAACAAAAAAAAGUCAGAAUACUAUUUGGCUACCCUGGAUGAAAUUGUAAAUACAAAAUGUCUAUCUACAG